AAAUUAAAUCGGAAUGCAUAUGGCGGCUCCCGUAUGGUCUCAUUUUUCAUAUACGAGAAUUAUACACAAUACGCGUUCCAUGUAUUUAGUUCAGUGGACUUGACGUCGACUUGUUUCUUGUGUAAUCAGUUAUAAUGGUUUUGUUCGUGUUAUUAUUUACUUAUCAAAUUUGUUACAAUAAUAAAAAGGGAAUAAAUUAUUACAAUAGGUAGGGUACCUGCUUCUGUGGUUGUGUCUUAUUUAGUUGUUUUGUUGAUUGUUUAAUCGUAUUCAAUUUUCACACUUUCGCGGAAACGUUCCCAAUUUAAUUCUAAAUAUUGUACCUAUAUGAAUCAGUUUUUGAAUAAUAGUACCAGGCUCGGCACUUAUUAUGUCCAUUUGAUAGUUUUGUCAGAGAUUUGAAGUAAACUAUACUGAAGGAUAUAACACUUACACGAUAAUAGAUCAUGAUAUUUUGAUCACAUAUUUUAUUAAAAAUUAAAUGUUAUUUAGUUAAAUCAGAUACCGCACCGGACACCUGUGUGCAAGCCUAUGGUAUCAUGAUGUCUGGGACGGAGAUGAACGAUGUACAAAAGCUAAUUCCAACAUUCAAAAUAUGUGAACCAAAAAAGCAUAUAAAUGGUUCUCACAUCGUUGGAUUAUUCAAAGUCGUUCAAUCUUUACACAAAGACAAAGUGUUUUGUGAUAUUAGAAUAGAAACCAACGAUGGUACAAUGUUAUUUGGGCAUAAAGUUGUUUUAGGGUCAGCUAGUCCAUAUUUCUGUGCGAUGUUCACUAGUUUUGAAGGAAGCAGUAAUGAUCUGGUACAUAUUACAGAGUUAGAUUCUACCGCUUUACAACUAUUGGUGAAUUAUAUUUAUACUGGUGAAAUCACAGUGACCGAAGAAAAUGUUCAGGGUUUGUUAUCAUCUGCUACUAUCUUACAGUUAGACUAUGUAAAAAAUGUGUGUACUGAAUUUAUACAAACACAACUGGAUCCUUCAAAUUGUCUUGGUAUAAAAGCAUUUGCUAUUUUACAUAACUGUACAGAAUUGUUGUUGAGUUCGGAAGCAUAUAUUAAAAAACAGUUUUUAAAAGUGGUAAAAUGUGAUGAGUUCCUAUCUUUAUCUUCUGUAGAAGUAAUUAAACUUAUUUCCUGUAAUGACCUUUUUGUUCCAUUAGAAGAAAAAGUAUUUGAAUGUGUUACUAAUUGGGUGGAACAUGAGUUGGACAAUAGAAAAAUUUUUUUCUCCGAAUUGAUGGAACAUGUACGUUUGCCAUUAAUUUCAAAACAGUAUAUAUUAGAAAAAGUAGUUGAUGAACCUCUUAUUAAAAAUAGUCCAAAAUGCAAAGAUUAUGUGUUUGAAGCAUUCCAUGUAAAUCUACUUAAGUCAGUACAACCUUUCACUAAACCACUAACUGUCCGGAGUAAACCUAGACAGUUUGACAUUUUACAAAAAGUUAUUCUUGUGUUAAGUUGGUCGACAAAUACGAAAAAAACUUCUACUAAUUGGUAUGACCCAGCAAACAACCUUUGGCACAAUGUAUUAGAAAUGAAAAUGAAAUACUGUCGGCCAGCACAUCUUGCAUUAAUAGCAGAUCAGUUUGUGUUUGCUGUUGGUAAUAACCGCGAAACUAAAUCUCAAUCUGUUUCAAUGCUUGAUUUAACUUCACAAGCACCCUGUUGGGUACAAACAGCAGACAUGUUAAUUGGUCGAAGUCAUUUAGCUGUUGGUGUAUUAUAUAAUAGUGUAUAUGCUGUUGGCGGAUUUGACGGUUCUAGUGAUUUAAAGAGUGCCGAGGUUUUUCGUAUCAGUAUUCAAAAAUGGAAAAUGGUUGCUAGUAUGGCCCGUAAAAGACAGCAAUUUGGCAUUGGAGUACUAAAUAAUAAGUUAUACGCGGUAGGAGGUUAUGAUAGUUCAUCAAAGAAUUCAUUGAAAUCAGUCGAAUGUUAUUAUCCCGUCCUUGACUCUUGGAAAUUCAUUAAAGAUAUGUCUAUAGGUCGCAGUAAUGCUGGUAUAGCAGUCUUAGAUGGUGUUAUGUAUGCUAUUGGUGGUAUAAGUGCUCUAGGAACAGUUCAAAAAAGUGUAGAAGCCUAUACAACAAAUCCUUCUGGUUGGACUCCUAGAGCCGAUAUGCAUUUGUGCAGAUACAGUCCUGGAGUAAUCGCUUUAGAUGGUUUAUUGUAUGUUGUGGGUGGAAUGGAUAAUGAUUCUACUUUAGACUCUAUAGAAACGUAUAAUCCUAUCACUAAUGAAUGGAAAUUAAUGGAAUCCAGUAUAAAUGAUGAUGGUCAAAUUUUUACUGGAGUAGUGAUUGAUAAGCCGCCACAUUUUAAUACUGAUUAAGAUAUGAUAUGUCUCAUUGGCUCAUGGUUGGUAGUUAUAAUAGAAUCAUAUGUGUAUAUAAUUUAUGUUAAAACAUUUUGUGAAUAUUUGAGGAAAAGUUUUCUGUAUAAUUUAAAUUGACCACCGUUAAAUUAAAUAAACAAGUAAGG